AUCAAUAGAUCAACAUUUUGUUCGUUUGAUUCUUUUUUGUUUCAAGCGUGAGUGACUUUCAAGUGAUUCUUAUAACUUCUGUAGCUCUUUUCGGAAGAAUCAUGAAGAUAAGUUUUUGUUUUUUGAUUUUGUUGGUCACUAAAAUUUUGUCUCAAUCAACAGAUAGUUCAGUUGACUAUCAUGGAGAUGAAGGUUUUGAAAGAGAUGUCCAGCCAACAGAAACAAACGAAAUCGCAUCUGAAUCUUCACCUGUAACAUUACCACCACCAAAUACUCAUCCAAUUAAUAACGUUUAUCUAAAUCCAAUUUUUGCUGAAGCCAUUAUCAGAGGAGGAUCCAAUGUAAGAGGCGUAAUUUACUUUCAAAAUUCGUGGAAUGGAGUUGGCAUUUAUGGAAUAGUUUGUGGUCUUCGACCCGGCAAUCAUGGUUUCCAUAUUCACCAAUUUGGAUCCAUACUCAGUGGAUGUGAUGCAUCAGGACCACAUUUCAGUAUGGUGCGUUGGUACCAUGGUGGGCCUACAGAUAAAUACAGGCAUGCUGGUGAUUUGGGUAAUUUACAAGCUGAUCAAAGAGGCAUUGCUUUCAUAAAUCAAUUCAAUAGUCAGAUAACAUUGAAACCAGCAAACAAUUCCGUACUUGGUCGAGCCAUUCUGGUUCAUGAGUGGCCUGAUGAUCUUGGUGUUGGUCGAAAAGAUUCAAACAUCACAGGUAACGUUGGAAAAGCAAUUGCGUGUGGUGUGAUCGGUUUAAGGCCAGAUAAACCACAAUUUCCAACUGCAUGUCCACCACCAAAUAUCUAAUUAAUUACUCCAGAGUUAUAAUGUUGUUAUGAAAAAUUAAAUUCAGUUAAAACUGCAAAAAAGUCUUCCAAUGCCAAUAAUACGGUUCAACAUUUAUGUUAACACAAAACGUGUAAUAUUAUUACAUAUUGUAUCAAUAAUCUGUGUAUUGAAAAAUUUUAAUUAAAUAAAAGUGCUGAUUUAAUUCUUAAA